AAUCAACCCCCGCAAUGACUGACGGCGGAUCCGUAACGACGAAGGAAGAAAGAGAAAGAAAAGGAAAACACCGAGAAACGUCCUUCUCUCUUUCGUUCCCCCAUCAAUCUCUCCCUCCCUUAUUUUUCCACGCCAUCGCCCAAAUCUAGAAUUCUAAAUCUGAAUCUUCUGCUCCUUGAAAAUCUCUCCCUCUCUCUCUCUCUCUUUUCUUUCUACCUAAUCUUGGCCAGUCGAAUCUUCAGAUAAAACAGCGGCUUAUCUCUCCCUUUUCUUUUCGAAGCCUCCGACAAUGUCUUCCUCAGCUCCACCCGUCCUCCCGAUCUCAACUACCCAAUCCGCCGAAUCCCAACCUCCCGUCGCCACUCCCGCGUUUCGGGUUUUCAUUUCCCACCUCAAUGAUUCCCUCCGCAGUGGGUUCUCCCAGCGUCGUCCCUGGUCCGAACUUGUUGACCGUUCCGCUUUCUCCAAGCCUGAGUCGUUCUCUGAAGCCGCGCUCCGUGUCCGCAAGAAUUACUCGUAUUUCCGAGUCAAUUAUCUGUCGGUUAUUGGUCUGAUUCUUGCCUUUUCGCUUCUUUCCCAUCCCUUCUCCCUUCUCCUCCUUCUGGGUCUCCUCUGCUCCUGGAUCUUCCUCUACCUCUUCCGCCCCGCUGAUCAACCUCUCGUCCUCUUCGGCCGUACUUUCUCCGACCGCGAGACACUUGGUAUCCUCAUCAUCUUUAGCGUCUUCGUCGUCUUCCUUACCACCGUCGGAUCUCUCCUCAUUUCCGCUCUCAUGGUUGGAUUCGGACUCGUCUGUGCUCACGGCGCCUUCAGGGUCCCAGAGGAUCUAUUCUUGGACGAGCAAGAACCAGCAGCCACCGGUUUCUUGUCCUUCCUUGGUGGUGCUGCCUCCAAUGCCGCCGCUGCAGCUGCCCCUGCUGUUGCCGCUCGUGUCUGAAUCUGAUUCAGGGAUCCGCGUUUCUGAAUGUCGUUUUAUAGGGGUGGAUAUUAACAUUGGUGAAAUAUAUAUGGAUCCAUUAGGACUCCAUGAUACAAAGUUGUAAUUCAAUUUUAUCGGCACCGAUCUUGGGUAGAAAUUACGUAGUUUAUUCUGUAUCUAGUGAAUAUGUGUUUAUGAAAACUUUCUGAGAAUUUUCGGUGUCAGAUCUGUGCAUGUAUCAUGAUUAUAUGUCCAUUUCUCCGGCGUUUUCUCAUUGCCAUGUACAAACAAGAUAAUUUCAUCGCCUGUAUUAGUUGAUGUAAAAUUUACUGCAAGCUAUUCACUGAUCGGCUUUUUGUUGUAAGAUCUUAAUGGAUCAAUGUUCAAUCUAUAGUUUAUGAAUGUAAAUUAGUAUAGGGCAUGAGAUGUUUUAUACUGCUAUCUA